CUUUCCCCGCGAUGCGAGCCAAUGGCGAGCACCGUUCGCGCCCUCGCUCAGCCAAUAAUAUGGGGAAACGAUCGUUGAGUGUUGGCGGGAAAGUGGUUGGAAUUUUGAAUAAAAUAGCGCUCGGGAAUAAUGGCUGACAUGAAAGAUAAUGAUGAGCUGGCAAUGCUUGAAAAAGAAAUAAAGGAAUUUUGGACUAAGUUCAAAACUACUUGUUGCAGUGAGCCUAUUGAUCAGAUUUUGGGGUUACGAGAUUCAUGGUAUGAAUCCAUAAACAACCUUUCAGAUAAAUGGUCUAAAAGACUGAAAGAAGGAGAUGAAAUUAUCAACAAAUUCCAUGAGUAUACAAAUGAAGUCUGUCAGAAGAAUAAAUCAAUUGAAGAAAAACAAGCUAAAAUGUCAGAAACUCUUUCUAAUAUUAAAGAGGAGGAAAAACAAGAGACAGACUUGAUGAAAAGCAUUCAAGAGCUGAAGGAAGAAUUGAUCAGAAAAAGCGAAACAAAGCACAAUGCAGCAGAAGAAAUGGAGGAAAGGCUUCAUAAGGCUGAAAAACUAUUCAAAGAGAGGCUUGGGUUAGAGAUACGCAAAACAUGUGAUAAGCAUUUGCAGUUUGUAUUCCGCUGCAUUGAUCAUAAAGAUUUUGAAAAGCCAUACAUGCUUACUCUUUCCAUAAAUGAAGAGGGAGCAUACGAAGUGAUCUCUUGUUCUCCUCCCUUGGACUGCAUAGAAGAACUGCAGCAGAAAGUGAGAGAAACCAACAAUUUCUCUGCAUUUAUUGCCAAUGUUAGAAAAGCCUUCAUUGCUUUGACAUACCAAUAAUGCACUGCUUUUUCUCUAAAUCUGCCUUCAUAUUUUGUCACUUGUUGUUUAGGAAAAAUAAAAGUCUUGUAACUAC